AUGGUGCGACCCCAGAGGCAUAAGAAGUCAGUUGAUUAUUCACAGUUUGAUGACUCUGACAGUGAUGAUGAUUUUGUCGCUUCCACUGCCCCUUCAACCAAGAAAUCCAGGACAAAAUUAAAAGAAGAAAAGCCAAACUCCAAGUUGACAAGUCUCCAAAAAGAAGACAUGCUUCAAGAGGAAACCCCUAAAAAAAGGAUGGCUCUGGAUGACAAGCUCUAUAAGAGAGACUUAGAAGUUGCCCUGGCACUGUCUGUGAAGGAGUUUCCAACAGUCCCCAUUGAGGUGGAAGUGUCUCAGGAUAAAAGCAUUGAAAAACUUGGCAAUGGUAGGGUGGAAACAACGGCCAAGUCCCCCCUUAUGUCCAACUGCAGCGUUGCCAGUGAUUAUUUAGAUCUGGAUAAGAUUACCAAGGAAGAUGAGUGUCAUAGUGUGCCAGGAAAAAGAAAAGCAGCAUCAAAGGCUGUGGUGCAACAGAGAAAGAUGCUUCUGGAAGGCAGUGAUGGUGAUAGAUCUGAGGACUCGGAGCCAGAUUUUGCAACUGGUGAAGAGUCUGAGGAGGAUUCUGACUUCGGAGAGAGUGAAGACGAGGAUGAGAAAUUUAUUGUGAGAAAAAGUAAAGCUAAAGAAGUGAAAAAGAAAGAAGUGAAGGCAAAGCCCCCAGCUGAAAAGAAAGAGAAGAGACCCAGAUCAAAAAGUAAUGCUUUAGUGACUUCGAUAACCUCUGCUCCAGCUGCUGUCAAAUCAGAACAUCUGCCUUCAUCAGAAACUGGGUCUCUUUCUCCAAAGACCCCAGGAAAACCCUUGCAAAUACAUCGUACUCCCACAGAGAGCAAGCGGCCCAAGUGGGUUCCACCAGCCGUAUCUGGAAGUAGCAACAGCAGCCGCCCCCUGCCAGCAAUGCCCGUUAAGUCUCCGAAUCAGAGUCUCCGCCUCGGUUUGUCCAGGUUGGCCCGAGUGAAACCUUUGCAUCCCAGCGCUCCUAGCCUCUGA